UUCUCCCACCGCCCCCGCGGCGGGUCGCAGCAGCUCGGGCGGCGGGAGGAGCGGCAGCGGCCAGGCGGCCCAGCUUCGCGAAGGCUCUCGGCGCGCCGCGACCCGCAGGCACCCGGCACGCGCCCGCCGCGCCUCCACGAUGCCCAAGAGGAAGGUCAGCUCCGCCGAGGGCGCGGCGAAGGACGAGCCCAAGAGGAGGUCGGCCAGGUUGUCAGCUAAACCUGCUCCUGCAAAAGUGGAAACGAAGCCAAAAAAGGCAGCAGGAAAGGAUAAAUCUUCAGACAAGAAAGUGCAAACAAAAGGGAAAAGGGGAGCAAAGGGAAAGCAGGCCGAAGUGGCUAACCAGGAAGCUAAAGAUUUACCUGCAGAAAACGGAGAAACUAAAAAUGAGAGUCCAGCCUCUGAUGAAGCAGGAGAGAAAGAAGCCAAGUCUGAUUAAUAUCAUAUACCAUGUCUUAUCAGUGGUCCCUGUCUCCCUUCUUGUACAAUCCAGAGGAAUAUUUUUAUCAACUAUUUUGUAAAUGGCAAGUUUUUUAGUAGAUCUAGAAACAUUUUUAAGAAGGAGGGGAUCCCACCUCAUCCCAUUUUUAAAGUGUAAAUGCUUUUUUUUUAAGAGGUGAAAUUUGCUGGUUGUUUAUUUUUUGGUACAACCAGAAAAUAGUGGGGUAUUGAAUAUGGGAGGCUUUGAUUGUCUUGGGCGUCAGCUUAACAUUCCAUAAUGGGGGUAGUUUUUAUAUCCUGUAAUAUAAACAUAAACUAAAUGGCAAUUUGGAGUCAGUUGUGCAUUUAAUAUAUCUUGAACAUUUUAAAUUACUUCUACUCCUGUGUUGUCUCUGGUAGGUUUCCUAAAGAAAACCACUCCUUGAUCUUGGCUCUCCUGUCAGAAUUGUGUGCACUCUGUAACAUCUUUGGUCUUGGUAGUCCUGUUUUCCUAGUAACUUUGUUAAUGUGCUGUGAAAGAUUAAAAAUCUGCAUAUGUAGUG